UCGCUCUCCUGCUCGCCUGUCUCGCCCUCGCCAACGGAAACCCGGCGGCGGGAAAAGAAUGGCGCUGGAAGUCCCGCAUGCCUGUCCUCACCCCCGAAGGCACCAUCAGCAGGCCAGCCACUCGCAUCGUGGGCGGGAGUGAGGCGGUGCCCCACUCAUGGCCUCAUCAGGUGGGUCUCUUCAUCGACGACAUGUACUUCUGCGGCGGUUCCCUGAUUUCCAACGAGUGGGUUCUGACUGCUGCUCACUGCACUGACGGCGCUGGUUUCGUCGAAGUUGUGAUGGGCGCCCACUACAUCAGGCAAAAUGAGGACACACAGGUCUCCAUGACCUCCACUGACUUCAUGGUGCAUGAGCAGUGGGAUCCUAGCACCCUGAAUAACGACAUCUCGGUGAUCAGGCUGCCCUCCCCCGUCACCUUCAACGAAAACAUCCAGGCAGUGGCCCUGCCCAGCACAGACGUGAAUGUGGGCGACAUCGUGACCCCCUCAGGCUGGGGCAAGCCCUCUGAUGACGCCUUGGGUACCUCCAGCGUCCUGAGGCAGGUGGACAACCCCGUCAUCACCGUGUUACAGUGUGCCGGUGUCUAUGGCAGCAUCAUCGACCAGAGGAUUGUCUGCACCGACACAACGGGUGGCAAGGGAACUUGCAACGGAGACUCUGGCGGCCCCCUGAACAAGGACGGCAAGACCUACGGCGUCACCUCUUUCGUGGCUUCCGCCGGCUGUGAGUCUGGCUACCCUGAUGGCUUCACCCGCGUUGUAGAGUUCCUGGACUGGAUCGAAGCCAAGACUGGAGUCACUCCCUAGAUGCCUUGCACUGCGAGAUCUUUAAAAGAAAAUUAGUCAUGCAAUACAAAUCCAGUUACGUUAUCCGACAACAAUUGCACUCUCCAAAUUGCAAAGGUAUAUUUAUUUGAUGUCCACGAACUGUCCUUUUUUUUGGCGUUCUCACAUCAAUUAAAGGAUGGAAUGAAA